AUGCCGCUACGAGGUCUUUUUUCCAAGAGGAACAAAUCGCGUACGGAUGUCGGCCAGUACGCUCCGGCCAGUCCUACUGCAACAGAGUCCACAGUGAACUCGCCCACCGCUGACUACAUAAAGCCGGACUCCCUUUUGCCUUCCAGUCCAAAUGGACGGAGUACACUUCACCCAGAUUCUGCCUUCACGUCACCAUCGAAGUCUACCAAGAGUAGUGUCUACCCAUCCAUAGCCGCUUCUCCUCCUAGUUCAUCCAGUAAACUGCGACUUCCUUUUGGUCGGAAAAGAGCCGCGAAAUCAUCUUCCUCAAACAAUGGCAGAGACGAAGAUUCGGAUAUUACAUCAUCAUCACCCCAUCCUCCGUUUACUGGUCGCCUCAGUACGAGUGCCGCCUCGGAGUCUGACGCAGCUUCUUUCCGACGGAAAUUAGGGCCGCCACCUAGUCGCUCAGCCAUUUUUUCUGCUUACGGGGAUUCACAUAGUGCUUCUUCCACGAGGUCCUUACCAAACGAAUAUCCAGUACCUGUUCCGCCAAACCAGACAGUCGUGGAAAGUCAAACAUCGGCGCCGAAGAGACCUCUCUUUCCCUGGUCGUCGAAAUCUCAGCCUAGUAGUACUAAGGCUAAAGCCAAAUCAAAAUCUUCGCCCCUGAAAGCGGAGGACAUAUCUACUGCACUCGAAGAUUCUUCAUUUAAUCUGAAAUCGUUCCGACAUCUUGGUGAUCCUGUUCCCCUACCUGAACUCCUUCCUCGCCCUGUUCGCAGUCACUCUACUAUUCCCGAUUCUGCCAACUCCUCUUCUACCUCACUUGUCCCUCCAGGUCCAUUAACAGGCAGUCGUUCACGAAAUGCCAGCUUAAGCUCAAUAAAUGAUCCUUCCGCGUCGCAACAGCGUAUCUCAGUCGCGGCAUUUCGAGAAGCACAGGCUCGGCGCAGUUUGGCAGGUUCCCCUGUUCCUAGUCCAAGGUCACCUAGUCCAGGGCCUAAUCUCUCUGUCCAUAAUCGUUCACCUCCCUUGAACCAGGCAAAUGAUGUUCGCCAGAGGAGAACCUCUUUGGUUGCUCUGGGGAGUAUGAGAUACUCUUCAGAUGAAGAUGAUUCCUCGGAGAAUGAGGAGGAAGAAGAUUCGGACACCAGUAAACGGAUGAGAGGACGUCCUGGGAAAAAGAACACAGUCAAAUCCAAAGCCAAGUCCGAGGCUGGACACAAUUCGAGUUCAUACAAAACCGUUUCUUCCGCCUUCCCUGGCUUGAAUUCCAACCUGAAUUCUAGUCUGAGACCAGAUGCAGCUGCGAAAAUUGCUGCUCCUCGGUCACGGUCGGAUAUCUACGGUCGGGGUGUUUAUGGAAACCAGCCAAUAGUACCAGCAAGUACCUCUACAGGUGCAGUUGCCUCGGAAACUGGCGGUGGGACACCGCAAAGGUCAAACCCUCGUGAAGUGAAGCCGGCUAUCAGUACCCGCCCGCCAUCUAAAGCUAUUUCCCAGAGUGACUCGGAUUCUGACGAUUCCGAUAAUGCACCUUUGGCAACUUUAGUCCCGCCCAAACGUCCUGGUAGCUCUGCUUCCAAUCGUUCGAACCCGCAAUCUGAUGCGGCUUCUAUACAUACCGCUGGAAGACCAGGAGGAAUGAGGGCUAGAAUCAACUCGAAUGCCAUGCCAAAGCCCUUAAUCGAUAUCAAUGAACUCACUGCACCAAAGAGACGUUCUAUUGAUGCUGGGAAACUAAAGAGUCAAGACGGAUUUACUGGCGGAGCAACAUUGCUUUCUGCUGGAACUACCCAGGGCGCCUCUUCAAUGAUGGCUAUGUCACCAGUGCCUUCUUCCGUUACGUCCACCUCGCCUCCAGGCAGACGUUUUGUAUCCCCUCCCCCUUCUCCCGUUUCCAAUCAUCCACCAAAACUUCGAUCCGAGUCCACGAGUCCACGAUCCCCUUCACAGGCUCCUUCCGGACUAGUGCAGAGAAGAAUCCCGAUGGGUAGAAAUGACCCUGAUACGUCGAGUACAGUGAGCAGCACGACUGUAGGCAGUAGUAACGAUGGUAGUUCAGGCGGUAGAAAAAAGGAUCCGCUCAGCGAGAGGUUAUCGAAAGUGGUCGCGCAGAGUGUCAAUUCUUCCCCGACUGUCUCCCAACCACCGCCGAAUCCACUUUCCGGUCCUCUACGACGAGGGAAAGCUCCAACAUAUGGGAGCAACGUUCGUUCGACUUCUUCUGGUGAUUUUGACAUCCCAUUCACUUCCUCGCCGUCACCCACCUUUGAAAUGCCCACCGCCAUUGAUCGGAAGUCCUCUGGUGAAGCGGGCGUUGAUUCGUAUUUCCCUAAAGAGCCUGUUGUGCGGGCUUCUUCUCCGAAACCGGUGGAUGCCCCCGUCAAAAGGAGCGUACAGGUUAGAAAGAGUGAAGAUAGCACAGAGGCAAUGGCAGAUCUUGCCGAUUUACUGGGAGCUGGGAUUAAAUUAGUCAGUGUCAAUGGUGAGGAUCAGUCGGAUGAAGACAUGCCAUUUGGGCGCCAUGACACAGAGGAGAAAGAGGAUGUAGACUCGAUCGUUCGCCUUGCUUAUGAUCCUCCACCGUCGCCAAAUCGUAUCACCCCGGUCGUAGUCAAAACAAGACCUCCUGCAUCAUCUUUCAGUGUUACUUCGAGGCCUCCGCAUGCAAGAGGUGCUAGUAUUAAUAUCCUCACGACGUCCACUUCAGGAACUAUCAUGGACACUGCAACUGGGAAUAUCACUACUGCAACUACCACGACGACUACUACCACACAAAAUCCAGCGCGGGGUCCUCCCUCAGCGGGUGUUGCCCGACCUAGAAGCUCCACCCUCGUACCCGUCAGUCCAAGCAAAACCAUCUCGUCAACAUGGUCAUCGACCAGUAGAAAAGCGAAACCUCCUUCAUCCAAUACCUUGCAUAUACCUGGUAGUUCGAUUGCUAGCAGUAGCUCAAGUUCCAGCAGUAGUACGAAUAACAGCGGGAAAGGCACAAACAGGAAUGCAAGUAGCAGUCAUGAUUCCGGCCUAUCACAUAAUCGCGGACAGCAGGUCACUAAACAGCGACCAACAGCAUUAAAACCACCUCCUCGAUCAAUGAGCGCCAACCAGCUUCCACCUCCUAUGGCUUCGUCUUUUCCGGCACCGUCCAAGCCGUUUGCGUCGCAAAGUCCCGCAAGCUCCACAGGCGAUUCAAGCAGUGGAAGAGGCGCACCAAUAACUCCUCGAGAUGGAAGCGAUAUAGGAGAUGGAAUGGGCAAUGCGCUAUCAAAGGAAGAGCAAUGGGGCAGUGGUGUGAGCGGAUUGAGCUUUGCCACAAAACAUGGGCGGAAGAGAAGUAUAGCGUUUGAUGAGGAUGCUGGGAACGAGGGCAAGGGAAAGAACAAAAGCAAGGAAACACCGGAGGAUGAGGAGGCGAGACGUAAGGAUAGGCGGAGAAGUGAAGCUCGUGCUGCAAUUGAGCUUGGGAACACUAUUAACGGUCCAGGUCCUGUUCUUGACGAUGAUGAAGAGGAAGAUUUGCCUGUUAGUCAAACUGCUGGGGCUAGGAUGAACGGAAUGAGUCCGAUGAUGAUGAAUGGACCUAUGCCAGGUAUGCCAGGUAUGCUAACACCUCAAAUGACUGGAAAUCCAAUGUGGGGAUGGACGCCGAUGCCAUCGAUGCCCCAAAUAGCACCUGGCCAAAUGCUUUCACCUGCCCAAUUUAUGGUCCCGCCUCCCACAGACCCUACCUUCUUCGCUGCUCAUCAGCAGGCGAUGAUGUACGCCAAACAAGCGUAUCAAAUGGCUGUCGCACAGCAGGCCAUGGCUGCAGCAGCGGAAGAAUGGGAGCGUGGUUCAACUGUUGGUGGAUUCAGCAGCAGUCAGAGCAUGUAUGGCAUGCCGCCCUCUACAUCGUCUAUCAUGGGCUCUCCUUAUGGUAUGGGUGGUGGAAAUGGAUGGUCUACUGGGUCGACUCUCUUUCCGUCCUCUGCUUCAAGGUCUCCCAUGUAUGGGAGUGGCGCCAUGAGUGAAUAUGGCGGCGGUACAAGAAGCGGAGGCUGGAAUUCUUCGAGAAGUGUUUACGGAGAGUCUUUCGGUCCCUCUUCUCCUUCCCCCCGUAAUGCUGGUGCAGCUAACAGAGGACGAUUAUCGUCUUACACUCGUGAUUCUGGCCACUACCCUCCUAUGCCACCUAUGCCACCUCAAGGGAACAACAAAAAUAUAGCACAUCGACAAGCUGCGAAUCCGAGAGCUCGUACGGUCAGUCAACCUGCUAAUCCUGUCCGCACUCGUAAUGCCGGCAGUCCUGCUGGCAAGGCACCUCCCUCAAGUUGGAGACUGAACGAUGCAUAA